AUGCCCCAUCGGAUUAGAGGAGCUUGGAAGCGACCUGCUUCUCCCCUGGCGGCCAACGAAGGAACUAUUCAGCGCAAGGCGAUGUUGUUAGGUGUUGGAGGACUCACAGCUGCCACAGGAUUAAGUGUUGCAGCUCGCUGCUUUUUGCCACCAACAUUUCUUCAAGAUGCCACAAAACUUCAGCUGGGAGCUGUGCCACCUCCAUCUCAUGAGCAGUUGAUUCGACAGGCCAGCACAAUGACAGUGGAUGCUGCAACACAACUCCUCUCACAGACUGUCCUUGCGUACAUUGAAUUGAGCAAACAGUACAGAGAAGCUGUAGACGAACUUAUUGACGUGUUGACUGAUGACCUACAGUUUAUGGUAAUGGAAACUAGCCACACAAACGAAGAUGAAACUCCCACAAAUAUGGACUAUUCUCAGGAAGUAUGGGAGCGUGAAGUAGAAGCUAGAGCUCAAGUGAACUCUUUGCGUACCACGCUACUGGAAUUGGCCAGCUACAUGGAGUAUGUGACAAAGGUAGCCACAGCUGCUGCUGAAGCCUCUUACCUAGCUGGUUCUGAGUUCGCGAGCACCAACAUGUGUGAACGUCUCAACUCUGCCCAUAGGACAUUUGAAGAGGAGAAGUCAAAGAACAAAGAAGCGGACAGAGAACUGUUGAAAGUGCAGGAGGACCAAGCUUCUGUGACACAGUCAGAGGAUCUAACAGCUUCCAAGAUUGGUCAUAGGAUUCGGCGGCAGAUGAGGCCCCUUUCUUUGCUGGACCCUCUUGAUGAGGCUGCGGUAGCUGAGGCAGCAAAAGAAACGGACAAUUAAAGAAGUUUCUUUUUGGAGGUUUUAUUUUUUUACUCUUUGUAAGACACUGUGGACAAGGUGAUCCUACAACAAUUACCAAAAUAAAGUAUUUAUUCUUUUUUUAUUGCUUUGUAAUAGCCAAUAAUGUUUACUAUUUUCGAUUGUUUAUUCUGAGUAUACAAUAUGUUAAACUGUUAAUAUAUUUUUAGAUAUAUUUAUUAUUACAUUAUCACAUCAGUACCUUUCAUGUCAAACAGAAGUUAUAACAGUACAAAAAAUAUAUUAUAAUGAAAUAAAUAUAGGUACAAAUAUGAUACAGCAUAAUAUAGUGUGUCAGGAAAGUCUCUCCAAACCAAGCCGAUUCAGGGUCUCCUAUUAAAAAUUGCUUUUGGGUUGGUAGCGAUCAGAUCACUGGGAAACAACUGGGGACAACACCUUAGCAUCUGUUAGGAUUGUUGCGAGUACAGUAUUUACAUUUUCUUUCCUAACAAGCUGCAGCUCAUGCUACCAACAAUAUUUUUGUUGCUAGAACUCUCACCAGAAAGGUGCCACGCCACUGCAGAAACUCUUGGCAUGCUGUAGGAUAAGAUUUAUAAUUCAUGUUCAAACAACUCAGGGCAAACACAAAGAAGGUGAGUAUUAUGCAUCGCUGAUAUUUCUGCAUUAGAAUACUAGCCUUAAUAGUAAAAUUGUCAGAUUCUGCCUGAGUGUACCUCCCUGUACUAUAAUAGGUAUAAUGCUGGUUUCACACCGCACUCCGUCAGCAGGAUAUUGAAUUAGGGUAGGCAUUUGGUUGUCCUCUUGAAAAUGGCCACAAUCAGCAGCAGUGAAUUGUCUGGGAGAGUAUUGGUUUGUAUGCAACUCUGUUGAACAGAAUGUGUUUUGCAGUUUUUAUUUUUAGUUCUCUUCUAUUUCAGUUUUAAUAUAUUGUCAUCUCAGAUGAAGGUUUGAUUAUACUGUGAUGGUCCGAAGUUUUUUUUAGUCUUAGAGCGGGUAGUAAUUGUUAAAUGUUUUCUUUAUCGAUCGUCCACACCCUGGUUUAGAAGCAGUGCUUGCUGUUCUGUUAGGGCGGAAGUAAAGGAGUAUUCUUCAUGUGGUGUUACUGCUGGUUCCAUCUUCUUGUCGGGUUUCUCUUCUCUCCUCUGCGUUCAGUCUAAAGUUUAAUUGCAAUUG